AUGAGCGGCGAAAAGUACGACGACUACAAUUUCCCACACACCCAUCCGGAGGGUGAUGUACCGGAGGGACAUCCUGGUAAUGUCACCGAGAUCCAGGGUGCUCAGGUUCACCAGCUGAGAGCAAAGCUCGAGGCUCAGGGAUACACCACAAGGCUCGACACAAAUACCCUAUUGCGAUACCUACGAGCUAGAAAAUUCGAUGUGAACCUGGCGGAGGCGAUGUACAUAAAAGCCGAGACCUGGAGAAAAGAUAACGACAUCUGGGCGAAGGGAACGACUCUUGACGAGAUCGUUGCCACCUGGGACUAUCCAGAGAAGCCAAAAAUAUUUGAACACUAUCCACAAUACUACCACAAGACCGACAAAGAUGGACGGCCAGUUUAUAUUGAACAGCUCGGAAAGAUCAAUUUGACCGCAAUGGGAAAGAUCACCUCCCAAGAACGCAUGUUGACCAAUCUCGCCGUUGAGUAUGAAAGGGUUGCGGAUCCCCGUUUACCCGCCUGCUCUAGAAAGGUCGGCAGGCUGUUGGAAACCUGCUGCACGAUUAUGGACUUGAAGGGUGUUGGUGUAACAACUAUUCCAUCCGCGUACGGUUAUCUGAAGAAGGCAUCCGCAAUUUCUCAGGACUGCUAUCCUGAAAGAUUGGGAAAGCUCUAUAUUAUAAACGCUCCAUGGGGCUUCUCCACCGUUUGGAGCAUCAUCAGCGGCUGGCUUGAUCCUGUCACCGUGAAAAAAAUUAAGGUACUCGGUUCGGGUUACGCGCCUACCCUCCUUGAGCAAAUACCAGCUGAAAAUCUACCUGUUGAAUUCGGUGGAAGUUGCAAAUGCGAAGGUGGUUGUCCAUUGAGUGACGCUGGGCCGUGGAAUGAUUCUGAAUACCUGGGGCCAUUUUUCAAGUCGGGUGCUAAUGCCUCAGGUAUCAAGCCUGCAGCUGUAGCACCCGCUCCAGAGGCUACCGCUUAG